GAAAACAUCAACUGCUAGAGUAUAGGAGAAAAGUGACCUAAGACAAGAAAAGAUUGUGACUGUCUACAAGAAAAUAUCUACUUUUUAAAAUUUCUACUUUUCUACAAGAAAAGUACAUUGUGAUUCCUUGGAGAGGAAAAAAAAAGGAUCUCUUUCUUCUACAUUAGUGCAUUGCUCCUGUCUUAUUGAGCAUCAGGGUUUUGUAAAGGAUUAAAAUUUUUUUUUGGAAAACUGAAACCAGUAGCUUAGUGAUGAAACGGAACAUCGCGGUCUUCUUUGGAGCCCUUUUUGGUGCCUUAGGAGUUCUGCUCUUUUUGGUGGCUUUCGGGUCAGAUUACUGGCUGCUUGUGACUGAAGUUGGGAAAUGUUCAGGUGAACAUAAUGUAGAGAAUGUCACUUUCCACCAUGAAGGUUUCUUUUGGAGAUGUUGGUUUAGUGGUGUUGCUGAGGAAAACACAGCCAACAUUUGGAAAUUCUGGUACACAAAUCAAUCACCAUCUAAGAACUGUACACAUGCUUACCUCUCCCCAUAUCCCUUCCUGAGAGAUGAGCACAAUUCGACCUCCUAUGACUCUGCAGUCAUUUAUCGUGGUUUCUGGGCAGUGUUCCUUCUCCUCGGUGUCAUGGCGGCCAUAAUCGCUACCUUCUUCCUUAUCUGCGCUGCUCCCUUUGCCAGCCAUAUUCUGUUUAAAGCAGCAGGAGGAACCUUUAUCACUGCUGGUAUCCUGUUCUCUCUGGUGGUGGUGUUAUAUGUCAUCUGGGUUCAGGCUGUGGCAGAUAUGGAAAGCUACACAAAUAUGAAGAGGAAAGACUGCUCAGAAUUUACACCCUACGUCAUGUACGGCUGGUCAUUUCUGCUGGCCCCAGCUGGGAUAUUUUUCUCUCUGUUGUCUGGAUUACUAUUCCUCCUUGUGGGGAGGCAUAUUCACAUAUACUCCUAAUCAUCUUUCUGUCACCCAGUGGGGGAUAUCAUAAUCUUGUUGAAAUGUUUAACUAGAACGUAAUCUUUACAUGGUGUUUCAAUUAUGCCAUUGUAGAGCUGUUUGGUGUAACUCGAUAGGUGUUUUAAAUGAAUCAUUUUAAUUUCCUUCUGACAAGAAGGCACCCAGCUCCUUCCAGAAAGCAAAACCUCUCAAUUUUAUCCAGAUACAAUUAUGAAUUUUCAGUUUUUUAGGAACUGUCUUUCAUAGGUCUCUUUUUUAAUGGCACACAUAGCGUUAGGUCUCUUGUUAAUUCUGGGAAACUGAAAACAACAAAACAUCACAUCAGUCAAAUAAGUAUUUUUUCUUUUUGUUGUUUUUUUUUUUUAAGGCUGCCACUUGUCAUUAACUUCUUUUUCUGUUAGAAAAAGAAAAGGUCUUUGGAGAAUGCUUAGGAAUGGCAAACAAAUGUUGAUAGAGUAACUUAAUCCAUCUCCCUCCCCCCCUCCCCCACAUACAUAUCUGCAUACACAUUUAUUGAAUCCAAUGAACAAAUUCUUUAUUGUUUAAAAAUAGACAGCAGUUGUUCCUGGUGUACUGGCCAUAAAAAUUCAUCAGUAAAAUGUAACAGGAAACAAGGGCAGUGCUAAUGUGUACAUAUACAGCUUAGAAUAGAAGAUGUAUUAAUUUUUGUAAACUUCAUUAUCUUUAUUAAAAUUGUGCAUGUUUAUGAAAACCUUAAUGAAUAUUAAGAGAUGGUAAAGAUAAAUGCCAAAAUUAAUAUACCUAGUGUUGAAUGGAUAAAUAAAUAAGAAACUAAUACUGACUUAAAUCAAUAAAAUAUUACAUGUAAAGAUGUUUAAAAUUACACAGAAACUAAAGGCUUUAGCUUGGGGUGUAAUUCUGUUUAAUACUUUAAAAUUCCCAUUUUAAAAGUAUAUUGCUAUGAUGAUUUUCAGUGUGAAAGAUUUAUUUAAGGGAGUAUGCUUUUAAUAUUCAAAAGCCAUAAACAUCCAAAAUAACUCUAUCUGAGUAUGAGACCAGGGUUGUUUUGUUAAAUAAGGUAAUAAAUUAACUUUUCCUACUCUCCUUAUGUGCCCUUGAACUCCUUCUGGGCACAUGGCUCCUUUAAUUGUCGUGCUUCAGUUUCUUGGUCAGGAAAAUGGACUUUUUAAUAUUUUCAUGUUUUUAAUCACCUUUGAUACCCUGAGGGGAAAGUCCCCUCAGGGAAAGUAACUUUGUGAUUUCUCAGAGUGGGCAUUUCCAAUAUCCAAGAAAUUAGUUUCAUUUGGCCCCAGUCUGGAAGAAAAUCAAAUCCAUCUGAGAUACAUGUGUAUCAUUUGCAUAUGGAAAGCCACCGAGUAGCUUGGUAUUAGAAAGGGAAAAACAGAGACAGACUAUUGGCUUUGUUCAAUUCAAAGUACUUCAUUCCACAGCUGUUAUAAAUACUAAAGGCAUCACUAAGAGAGAAGGAAAGAGUGACCACCUAGAAGAUUCAGUGGGAUAGAUUGAUGGUUGCUUCCAAUCCAACUGCUUUUGUAAUUGAAAGACUGCCAGGGUCUUCUCUGCUAUUCAUUUGCUUUUCCAUUAAGGCCUAUUUCUGCAGUUCAGUGUGAAAAGGGUAUGGAAGAAUAACAAGAGUUAGAGAUAGCAAGCAGAUCAUGAGAGCAUUUUAGUGACAGCCAGGGGCACGGCCACAAUCAAAGAAGUCUCAGUGGCUUAAAAGGUCUCUCUGGUCAUUUCAGUUAUGUUGAUAAAUGUUUUUUGUUGAGAGUUCUGGGUUUUUUCUUUUAACUUUCUUACUCCUUUAUUUCCUUCUUGACUUUUUACUUGGUUAUUAGAAAAUUAAUUAUAGGUUCUGCUAUACAUAUUGACUGCAAUAUUAAGUUACAGUAUGCUAUUAAGUCUUCCAGACGAUGCUAGAUGCAUUUGAUUAGGAUACGUCAUCUGUAAAUACAAUUUCUUUUUGUAGAACUUUGGAAUCUAGCCUUCCUCUGAUGUAGUGUAUGUCAUUUAAAUCUCAUCUACAAUCUGCUUUUAGUAAAGGUUUGAAUAUUUAUAACUUUCA